AUGGGUUCUACCAAAACUUUCAUGACUUGCUUACUCGUACUAACAUUAGCAGUUUCGUUGUCUAAUCUUAACGUUCUGGUUUCAGGUAAACUACAAAAACACGGGACCGGUGCAGAGACAGAAAAAUUCUCAUAUGAGAACUGCUAUGCCCUGUGUACAGAUAGCUACGAUUGGUGGGAAUGUCAAAAUGACUGUGCUCAUAAGGGCUACCAUACUGGAGAAUGUGCUUCCCCUUCUCCUAAAGUGCCUAAGAAAUGUUGUUGUCAAAAGUUUUGA